UUUUUAUUCUUCUCACUUUUGACUUUAUAGUUCUCACUUGGUUAUUAUUCAGUGCAUUAUUUGUGGAAGGAGUUGCUGGUCGUAUUUUGUCCUGCUGCCAAUUUUGGAUUUGUUGAAAAUGUGUGAAAUUUCCUGAAUAUUUGACAUUGAAAAUAUAUCUACCGCAAGCAACCCGUUUGAGGUUUCUCUGCAAAUUGCAGAUUGCAAUUGUGCAAUCCAUUUAGCUGGAGAAUUUGUAGAAUAGAGAACUUUAGGUGUCACUAGAAAUUCGUCCAAAGUCCAGAAAAACAGAAUAAGAGUAAACAAAGAUAAGAGACCAACCUGACAUGAUUCCAUGAUGGAAAACUCUGCUGAAGAAUUGGCUUUUGCUGAGGAAAAUCUGUAUCUCAACCUCUGCUCUGACCCCAUUCGUUUUGAACCUGGGUCCAAAGUAACCAUUAUAUUUUAUGAUGAUGCCAAUCAACAGGUAUUUGCGGUGCGUUCAGGGGGUGCGACAGGUGUUGUGGUGAAAGGACACAAGGACAAUUUAAAGUGCUCCUUCCGUAUGGAGGACAAAGGUCCAGUUUUAUCCAUCAAAUUUUCACCAGACUUGAAAAUUCUUAGCGUUCAACGAUCAGCUCAUUCCGUGGAAUUUAUGAACUUUGUUUAUAGCUCGGAAAAUCUCCCAGAAUAUUCUCAAUCUUGUAAAAACAAAAAUGCUACGAUUUUGGGAUUUAUUUGGAUUGCAUUCAACGAAAUAUUGUUCAUAACAAAAUUGGGACUGGAAUUAUUUCAAGUGUAUCCGGAAAAACGAAUGCUAAAAUUCUUGAAAAAUGUUUCCAUUAAUGUGGAUUGGUUUCUUCAUUCACCAGAAAGCAAUAUUUUGGUAAUUUCAUCUACAGGGGGAUUGAUUCAACCGUUUCAGCUCAAACCUGGAAAUAUCUACAAGUUCCCAAAGUUGGACGUUGACCAGGCUACUAGCUCCCAAGCGACUCCUGAGCGAGCCAGCGAGCGAGAUGUAUCAAUUGCAUCUUUGUAUAAUCAAACGGCCGUUUUGAUCCUGAGACACAAGCCCAAAAGCUCGACGUGCAGUGGUGCUGAAAUUGAUGUCUAUGUACUAAAUAGGGAGAAAACUACUCCUAAAUCACACGUCUUAAAGUUGGAUACCAGUGGUCGAUUCGCUAUAAAUGUGAUUGACAAUUUAAUUAUAGUCCAUCAUCAAGCUUCAAGGAGCUCAAUGAUUUUCGACGUACGUCUAAGUGGUGGGUUUGAUGGGUACGCUACGUACCACCAAACUUUGGUUGUUCCAAUGCCGAUAAAACCAUUCCAGCUGAAACUACCUAUGAGCACAACAACUCCACUGGGAGAAAAAUCGGAAAUUGAUUGUGAACUUUAUUCCGUUAAUUGGGUCGUCUUUCAACCAAAUGUGAUUAUCGACGCCAAACUCGGAUGUCUGUGGUACUUACAACUGAAGUUGGACUCGAUCAAAAACCUUAUGCACGACAAAAUUCGACUCGUUGAGUUUUUUCUCCAGCGAUCAAAUGGGAAAAAAUAUAUUUUAAAGCUAUUACAAUCCACUAUCAUGGCCGAGGAAUGUGUUCCAGAUUUAACCCUGAUUUCAGGAAUGUUUGACAAAUUAAAUGAAAAUUAUAAGAGUUUUCUGGACGUGGAAAUGCAAAACCAGAUGUCGUUGCCUGUCCACGGGAAGUCGGAGAGAUUGGCUUCCAAAGGAAUUGUCCUCGUGGACCAACAGGACCUAUACACCCACAUUUUCUCCAACUUUGCCAACUGCAGCAAUGUCACUGAUCAAUUUGUUGUCAUAAUCUUGACUGAAUAUAUCCGUUCACUGUCCCAAUUCCAAAUCCCGGUGCAACACUAUAUCUACGAGUUGAUUCUCCAUGCAAUGGUCAGACAGAAGGCUUUUUAUCAACUUCACCAAUUCCUACAAUAUCAUGUAGUCAGCGACUCGAAACCCUUGGCAUGUUUACUAUUGUCACUGGAAGGGGUUUAUCCAGCUGCGUAUCAACUUGCCUUGGAUAUGCUCAGGCGUUUAUCGACUGCAAAUGAUUUGAUUGUCGAAAUUUUGAUUAAUAAGCAGAAAAUUAUUCCUGCAAUGAGGUUUGUCCAAAGCUGUGAGAGAACUGAUCACAUUUCAGCACGUAAAUUUUUGGACGCUGCAAUGAAAACCAAGGACAAGUCAGUUUUCUACGCAGUUUUUAAAUUUUUUGAAGAGAGAAAUAUUAGAGUUCGAGGAACGCCGGUGUUUGAGGCUAAUGAAAUGUGUGAUCUUUAUGUGCAACAUUUCCAAUCUGUUUUUGGGAAAAGCUCUGCAUGUUCCAAUUUUUUUGCGGAUGGUGCCCCACAAUGAUUUAUAAAAUACAUGCGUUUUACAUAGUUAUUUCUUUAUUUAAUAAACGCUCGUUAAUCGUACAAAUACUGCAACUUAAUAAUUGAUACAAUCGUUUUUAAAUACCAUAUUUCAAAAUGAAAUACAUUACUCAGAGAUAACACCAUUUUUAGUAUAUGCAUGCACCUUGCAGCUGUAUUCACAUAGGAAAAUUAAAAAUAAUAUAUUUCAUCAAGUUCCUUCGCCAGAUGGAAUUUAUUAAUACCUAUCUACUUAAAUAACAAGUCACUCAUUCAUACGAAUAAAAAUACUUUUUAUUUCCCAGAA